GGCUGUUGUGAUGUAUGGUUGUGGCUCAAGCAUUAGGUUGUGUAGUUAGUUCUUUGCAGCUAACUGAUUUUUUUUAGGGUGGUUGAGAGGUAGGUUGAGAUUUUGCAAGUAGCAGUGAUAGGGCUUGUCUCGUCCUAUUGUACCAAUUUCAUUUUUUAGUCAUUGUAAUGAAUGAAAUUUUCUUCACCGUUCAAAACAAAAAAGAGUAGUUUUGAGAUGUGGUUCUAAGAGGUUUUCACGUACGCGCAUGCAAAUUACGCGACUUAGUGUGUGACCAUACUCAGACUUGGGUGUGGGUUUUCCAUGUCUGUGACUAAACUUGUUCUGGGCUGCUUCAUCUGAGAAAUUCUGUGCUUCCCAUAUAUGCACCAUUAGGUUGGGCAAAGCUGCUGCAAAUUCUGCAUUUUGCAUUACAAUUCCAAAAAUGGCAGAGGAUGAUGAUGAAAGAUAUCCAUCAGAGAACAAGAGGAGAGUUCCCCUCUGCAUAUUGUUCAAGGAUGCAAGACGCGUAUUCACCUUGGAUGAGCUUGGUAUAGAAAUAGCAAGGAUUGCACUCCCUGCAGCAAUGGCUCUGGCAGCUGAUCCCAUUGCAUCUCUGGUUGACACAGCAUUCAUCGGCCAAAUAGGUCCAGUAGAACUUGCUGCUGUUGGAGUAUCCAUUGCUGUGUUCAAUCAAGUGUCAAGGAUCGCAAUAUUUCCGCUUGUCAGUGUCACAACUUCUUUUGUUGCCGAGGAGGAUGCUAUUGCAACAGUGAGUCCUGCGGAAGUACAGGAGUGUGAAAACAUGGAAAUUGGUUCAGCCGUAAAUAAUGAAAACAAAAAGUUGAUUACUCAUACUGAUUCGAUAGAGAGUAUAUGCAAUUCGGAACUGCUAAGCGGUACCUUUGAUGUAGUUAAAUCUGGACGUGGAAAAAGGCAUAUUCCAUCAGCUUCAUCAGCCCUAAUCAUUGGCAGCAUUCUUGGACUAUGCCAGGCCAUUUUUUUAAUUUCUGGAGCAAAACCGAUUCUAAACUUCAUGGGAGUUAAAUCUGAUUCCCCUAUGCUAAAACCAGCACAACAAUACUUGACAUUAAGGUCUCUUGGUGCUCCAGCAGUUCUUCUUUCCUUGGCGAUGCAAGGAGUCUUUCGCGGUUUUAAGGAUACAAAAACUCCUUUAUAUGCCAUCGUGGUAGGAGAUUUGACGAACAUAAUCUUGGAUCCAAUGUUCAUUUUUUAUUUCCGCCUCGGCGUCAGUGGUGCAGCCAUUGCUCAUGUAAUAUCUCAGUACCUCAUUUCAAUUAUGCUUUUCUGGAGAUUAAUGCAACAAGUUGAUCUUCUGCCUCCUAGUAUCAAAUAUCUGCAAUUCGGUCGAUUUGUUAAAAAUGGUUUUCUGUUACUAAUGAGGGUAAUAGCUGUGACAUUUUGUGUAACCCUGGCGGCUUCAAUGGCUGCACACCUCGGAUCAACAUCAAUGGCUGCUUUUCAGGUCUGUUUGCAAGUGUGGCUGACAACUUCUUUGCUUGCCGACGGAUUGGCAGUUGCCGGGCAGGCAAUACUUGCUAGUGCAUUUGCUAAAAAAGACUAUGACCGCGCUGCAGCAACUGCAUCCCGUGUAUUGCAGCUGGGAUUGGUCCUCGGUUUCGCGCUAGCCCUUGUUCUUGGAGUUGGGUUGCCAUUUGGGGCCAGAAUAUUUACAAAAGACGUCAGUGUCCUCCACCUCAUCAGUACUGGCAUACCGUUUGUUGCAGCUACUCAACCUAUUAAUGCAUUGGCUUUUGUUUUCGAUGGUGUCAAUUUUGGCGCAUCUGAUUUUGCAUAUUCUGCCUACUCUAUGGUUAUGGUGGCUCUAGCCAGUAUCUUCUUGUUGUUCAUUCUUUCCCCCACUCAUGGAUUCAUUGGAAUCUGGGUUGGCCUCACCAUCUACAUGAGUCUCAGAGCUCUUGCUGGUUUUUGGAGGAUAGGGACCAGAACUGGACCUUGGGGAUUUCUGAGAAGCUGAAAAUUUUCAGUUGGUGUUUGUUUUUUGUUUUUUUGUCAAAGAAACACUUGAAUGUAUGGUACACAGUCCUAAUUAUUCGUGGAAUUUUUAACACCAAAUUAAAGAAAUAAUUGAGAUAUUUAAUA